AUGGACAACUCCGGGAAGGAGGCGGAGGCGAUGGCGCUGCUGGCCGAGGCGGAGCGCAAAGUGAAGAACUCCCAGUCCUUCUUCUCCGGCCUCUUCGGAGGUUCAUCCAAAAUAGAGGAAGCAUGUGAAAUCUACGCCAGAGCAGCAAACAUGUUCAAAAUGGCCAAAAACUGGAGUGCUGCUGGAAACGCUUUCUGCCAGGCCGCCCAGCUGCACCUGCAGCUCCAGAGCAAGCACGAUGCAGCCACCUGCUUCGUGGACGCUGGCAACGCGUUCAAGAAAGCCGACCCCCAAGGUGAGGCCUCAGAGGCCAUCAACUGUUUAAUGAGAGCCAUCGAGAUCUACACCGACAUGGGCCGGUUCACGAUCGCAGCCAAGCACCACAUCUCCAUUGCCGAGAUCUAUGAGACGGAGCUUGUGGACAUUGAGAAGGCCAUCGCCCACUACGAGCAGUCUGCAGACUACUACAAAGGCGAAGAGUCCAACAGCUCGGCCAACAAGUGUCUGCUGAAGGUGGCUGGCUACGCCGCGCAGCUGGAGCAGUACCAGAAGGCCAUCGACAUCUACGAGCAGGUGGGGACCAGCGCCAUGGACAGCCCCCUCCUCAAGUACAGCGCCAAGGACUACUUCUUCAAGGCAGCACUCUGCCACUUCUGCAUUGACAUGCUCAACGCUAAGCUGGCCGUCCAGAAGUACGAGGAGCUGUUCCCAGCUUUCUCCGAUUCCCGGGAGUGCAAGUUGAUGAAGAAGUUGCUGGAAGCCCAUGAGGAGCAGAAUGUGGACAGCUACACUGAGUCGGUGAAGGAGUACGACUCCAUCUCCCGGCUGGACCAGUGGCUCACCACCAUGCUGCUGCGCAUCAAGAAGACCAUCCAGGGUGAUGAGGAGGACCUGCGCUGAGUCCGCCUGGCUGCCCUCACAGCUGCCUGGAGGCAGGGCCGGAGCCGGCGAGCUCCUCUCCACUCCUGCCCGAGUCUCAGUCCCAGCAGGUGGGCGGCAGCGAGGGCCAGCGCCACUGUGGGCGCCAGAGGUGGGCCUGCUGGCUGGACAGUUGCCCUCUGUUCUCGCUACAUCCCCCACCCCAGCCCAUUAUUUAAGCCCCCAAAGGUGCCCUCAACCCAGAAACCAGCCGUGCAGAACCCUUGAUGCGGGCCUGUGUGCUGUGGGCGCUGCCAGGGGCUUGGGGCCAGUGUCUGGCCCCGCCUCCUGCCCCGCUGGUGGCAAGGCUGCUUCCUGGUUGUGUCUCCUGCUUUCAUCCCCCAGUUCUGAGCACCUGUAGCUGCAGCCCACACUUGCUGGCGUGGGCCCUCCCACUCAUCCCCGGAGCCUUUGCCUCCUGCAGGCCAACCCCCAGGUUAGACCUGGCCGUGGAGCACAGGGGUGUCCCCACGCCCACCCCACACCUGCUCUGUCCUCAGUGCUUUGAGGUUGUGUCGGCUGGAGGCUGCUGCUGGCCCAAGGAAGGAAAUAAAAAGCAACACUUUUGCAUGA